AUGCUUGCCCCAUCUAUCUUUCUUUUGCCUCGAGUGCUCCGCCCUUCCAGCAUCCCAUUCCUCUCCACAGCCCGUCUCCAACAACCGCCGUCUAAGCCCCUUAACACCACCGCUUCCCGAUUAGCUCACCUCUCCUCGAAUUCCAUGGCUACCACCUCCGUUGCCACCUCAGCCGCGUCUGACGGCGCCGGAGCGAGUGUAGUAAGCGCAGCAGCGGAAGUCGAGAUCAAGCAGCCGCGGAAGCCGCUGCGCAAGCUGCUGUCGAAAGAGCAGGCGGAGGGCGACGGCGCGCGGGUGCGGCGGAGCAUCGGGCGGCCCGAGAUGCGAUCCCUGGAUCCCUUUCUCAUGCUCGACGAGUUCAAAGUUUCCGCGCCUGCAGGAUUCCCCGACCACCCUCACCGCGGAUUCGAGACGGUCACAUACAUGAUAGAGGGCGCGUUCGCACACGAGGACUUCAACGGGCACAAGGGCAUCAUUGGCCCGGGCGACCUGCAGUGGAUGACAGCGGGGCGAGGCGUGGUGCACGCGGAAAUGCCUGCCACCAAGGGGCGCUGCCAUGGGCUGCAGCUCUGGGUCAACCUGGCCUCCAAGGAUAAAAUGGUACCUUCCAACUAUCAGGAGCUGAAGGACACAGACGUUCCCAAGGUGGAGCGCGAUGGGGUUCAAGUGGCAGUGAUUGCAGGGACGUCGCUUGGCAUUACAUCUCCCGUCUACACUCUCACGCCCACCAUGUACCUCUCCUUCUGCCUUCAGCCCAACGCCCACCUGCGCCAGGCCAUUCCGGUGGGGUGGAACGCAUUUAUCUACACUCUUUCUGGCAAAGCUAGCAUUGGAGAUUCUGGAUCUGCUGCUAUUGGCCCUCAUCACACGGUUGAGCUUGGUCCUGGUGAUGGGGUGGAGGUGUGGAAUAAGGGCUCGGAGGAGUGCCGAUUUGUGCUGAUUGGUGGUAAGCCGAUUGGGGAGCCAGUGGCGCAAUAUGGGCCGUUUGUUAUGAACACGGAGGAGGAGCUGAGGAAGACGUUUUUCGACUAUCAGAUGGGUAUGAACGGCUUUGAAAAGGCCAGCUCCUGGAGUAGCAGCAUCAAAGAUGGUUUUCCGGGUAUAGUGUGA